AUGCCACCCGGACGACUUGUUCAGGGUUCGCGCCGCCCUCAGUCAACCGCCUCUGCGUCGACAUCAGCCCACAAUGGGUCCGAUCUGCCACCCUACGAGCCUCCCUCGCAUCCAAUGAACGAUGCAGGCAGACAGGCCCUGGCCAACAUCACCAACAACAACGCUGAGAUGCGCAAGUACGAGGACCAUCUUUCCAAAUCCGCUACCUACCUGCGAGAGGCCGUCGGCGCCAUCAACGAUACCCUGUUUGCUCGUAAAUCACAGUUGACGAGCAAGAUCGAAAAGCGACGUGGCCGCGGCGAAUCUGAAAAGGGGGAGGACGAGGCCGAGCUCGAGGAAUACGUCAACAAGCUAAACGGAGAUGUGACCCAUUUGACUGAUGAGAUUGAGGCUGCCUUGCGACAGGUCAUUGACUACCGUGCCGAAGUUCAGGGCGAGAAGUUGGUUUUGGGCUCGGUGGUGGACCAGGUACAGAGCCAAAAACCCCGCCGGGAACGCCCCUCACGAAAACGGAAAGCCGCCCAGCGGGUCAGCGACAAUAGUGAUGAGGAAAUGGGUGGUGUCGAUGACGAGCCUGAAGAGGCAGAGGCCGUCGAAGCUGAGGACGAGACCCCUCUGACCGGCGUGCGCGAGGCACUCCACAAGGCAAGAGAGUCCAAGGCGAGACAGUACCGUGCCACGAGUGCUUAUGAUCGUUACGCCUCCAACAACGAGUACAUCGCUUUCAAGAAGAUGUGGCAUGAUGCUCAGCAUCCCGAAGACCAAGUGCCCCUCCCCGAUGCGACCACUUGGUUUGAUAACCAAGGCAGGCCUAUCCGGGACGGCGCUCCAGCGGGCGAUGAGGACCUCAUUAUUGAGCGUGAGGUUCAGGACCUCACUUGCAAGUUAACGCUUCGACCCUUCGAGGAGCCAUACGCCAACCAGAAAUGCCCACACGUGUUUGAGAAAACCGCAAUAGUGGAGUACUUGAGAGGCACUGGCGGCAAAGCACAGUGCCCUGUGUGCACCAAGGAGCUUCGCAUCAAAGACCUGUAUCUUGAUGAACUUACGUUGCGCAAGGUCAAGCGAGCUGCUCGAGCAGCAAGGGAAAGCGAGGACAGCUCCAAUGCGGGUCCCGAAGAACAAGUGGAUGAAAGCCUGCUCGUGGGCGAGAGUACCCAACUACGGUCCGGCCGUGCGAGCAACGAGAUCAAACAGGACGAUUCUGAAUGA